UCAUCCUACAUGUCUCUUCCUCCCGCGACCAUCGAAUUUGCCCAUCGUAUGUUCGACGCUGCCAGAAAUGGCGACUCCGCCGUCCUCGUCCCAGCCGUAAAAGCGGGAUUACCUCCCAACCUCACCAAUCCCGAGGGAAAUACCCUCCUCAUGCUCGCUGCGUAUGCUGGGCACCACGCACUUGCCAAGGAGCUCAUAUCACUCGGGGCUGAUCCCAAUCGCAUGAAUGAUCGCGGGCAGAGUAUAGUUGCUGGGGCGGUGUUUAAGGGUUACGGGGAUACGGUGAAGGUGCUGGUUGAGGCUGGAGCUGAUCCGAGAGCGGGGAAGCCGACGGCGAUUGAGGCGGCGUAUAUGUUUGGGAGGAAGGAUUUGAUGUUUGUGUUGGGUGCGAGGGAUGGGGACGUUGGUGGAGAUGUUCCAAGGCCGGUCGGUCGCUGAGCAAUCUCAGUUCAGAGACUGGGGAUACCACUGGUAAUCUCAAUUGCCCUUAUGAUAAUGUCUUUUGAAAUAUAUAUGAAUACUUGUGCAAACUUGCAAGCAAUGGUGACAUACUUGGGAUAUGGCAUGGAGCGGCGAGCUG